AUGGCCUUUCAUUCUGGCAUCUUCUUUGCUGUAUUACAGCACAAAACCACCAAUAUUUUUGCGCAGUGGGAUACAGAUAAUUAUGAGCUUAGUGCCACGGGUUUUCGUUUGCCUAAUUAUACGUGCAUUAUGGUUGUAUUUCUUGGCGAUGCACUAAUAGAUGGUCACUUUGAAUGUUCUGGAUAG